AAUCCGCGCGGCAUUUUGACAGCCGGCUUGUUUACAUUUUCGUGCAAAGCGUGGUUUUUCUUCAAGUUUUCACUAAAUUUCCCAAGAAAACAGAGUAUUUUCCAGUUGAAUUUGAGCUAUGGACAAAAAGGCAGAAAUCCAGCUGCAGAAUCCACCAAGCGAUGUCAUUUCAGCGGUGAAAUUUGCACCGAAUUCCAAUCAAUUCCUUGCAGUUGGUUCUUGGGACUGCACAACCAGGCUUUACGAUGUCACCAAUUCUGCCAUGAAACAGAAAUUCAAUCAGGAAUCUCCGGUGCUUGAUCUAGCUUUCCAGGAUCCCGUUCGCGUGGCCACAGGAAGCCUGGACAACCGUGUGAUGCUCUUUGACCUCAAUACCCAAGAUGAGAAGGUAAUCGGGACUCAUGAUAAUGCAGUGAAGUGUGUAGAGUACGCAGGAAAGAUCAAUGCGAUACUCACAGGAAGCUGGGACAAGACAAUAAAACUUUGGGAUACGCGGGAUGAUCAAUGCGUCGGAACUUACGAACAGAGCAAUGGGAAGGUGUAUGCCAUGGCAUUGAUUGAUGAAAAGAUUGCUGUGGCAACGUCAGACAGAAAAGUACUGAUCUGGGAUCUGCGGAAUAUGGGACAGUUCCUGAUGCGCCGUGAAUCUUCCCUGAAAUACCAGACGCGUGCCAUCAAGAUAUUCCCCAACAAAGAAGGCUAUGUAAUGAGCUCAAUCGAGGGACGAGUAGCCGUUGAGUACUUCGAUACAGAUCCGGAAGUGCAAAAGAAGAAAUUUGCCUUCAAGUGUCAUCGUUCCAAGGAAAAUAACUUGGUGGAGCUCAUCUAUCCUGUGAAUGCUAUUAGCUUCCACAACAUCUACCACACAUUUGCCACUGGUGGCUCCGAUGGCUUCGUUAACAUCUGGGAUGGAUUCAACAAGAAGCGACUCUGCCAGUUCCAUCACUACGACACUUCCAUCGCAGCAUUGGCUUUCAGUCACGAUGGCAGCACCCUAGCCAUCGCCUGCUCCUACCUGGAUGAACUGGAGAAGGUGCCUGAUCCCCAGCCCGAGCCCACCAUCUACGUAAGGUAUGUAAAUGAGCAGGAGACGAAACCCAAAUAAUGUGAAAGUUUCUUCAAUUUUUGAAAUUGUACAUUUUCGCCUGCAUUUUCCUCUCUUAAUUUUAUUUUACAAAAACAAAAAAACAACAAAAUUGUAAUAACAUAGAAGGACUUUAUUUAAAAUUAAUUAGUAGGAUUUAUUGUUAAAUUUAUCCAUUGCAUAAAUACUUUUUCUCCAAUUCUAAAAAAAAAUCAAACGAUUGUAUUAGCAUUAAAUGAAGUCAUCAUAAUUUUUAUUUCCUACAGAAUUUCGUCGUAAAUAAUUAAAUUAUCACAG